UGCCAUCCAAUUUUUAUGCCCUGUCCUUCCUCAUUGAGAUCAGUUAGAAACAAGUUCACAUUUGUUCUUAGAGUUGUAAAGAUGCCGGAACUAACAGUGACUUCUGAGAUUUAUGGAGAAUAUAACUAUAAUACUAAAAUUACACCACUGAUUGAAGGCAACGUGAUUUCGGAAUUCCCGUUUUUGCUGCCCAAAAAUGACCACAAACCUAAAUAUGAUGAUGACGAAGACUUGGACAUUGAAAGACCACAAAAAGAAAUCAUAAAAAUUGAACACAGCUCUAAAACCAAACUAGCCCUAGUUGGUUUACAAGUGUGGAGGGGGGCAUUUCUUAUAGGAGAUUUGCUCAUCCAUCUAGGAGUGAAAGGAGCACUUAAAGAUAAGACUAUCUUGGAACUGGGAGCUGGAACUGGACUGACCAGUUUUAUUGCUGGAAUAUACGCCAAGAAAGUUAUAUGCACUGAUAUAAACCUCGGCGGUAUAUUAGAACUUAUUAAACUGAACACCAAGUACAAUGAAAAGCUGAUAAAAGCAGAGUUCAGAGUGGACGCUUUAGACUUCACCGACAUGGCUUGGAGCCAGCAACUCUCUAGGGACAUCAGAGAUACCGACAUUAUUAUAGCGGCUGAUGUUGUAUACGACGAUGAUGUGACUGCCGCAUUCGUUGCAACGGUACAAAAGAUCCUUAACACCAACCCACCUAAAACCCUCUACAUGGCGCUAGAAAAACGCUACGUCUUCACGACAGAACACAUGGACUCCGUCGCGCCGUGUUACAAGACAUUCCUCAGUCUGUUGGAUAAAGUAAAGAAUGGAUCCAACUGGACUGUAGAGCAGAUGCCUUUAGACUUUCCUAAAUAUUUUACUUACGAUAGAGUCAAAGAGCUGGUAUUAUGGAAAAUAUCUUCUGUCUAGU